CUUGACACGGACUUGACGUCGACUUAUCCCGUUUCUAUUCGAAAUCCUUCGAGGUUCAACAGAUGGCUGGUCGCGACUUACCGGUCAAGUUGGAAAGAUCCAGACGGCAACGUUGACACCUCUGUUUAUAGUCCGACGACAAAGUCUUCCCGUUUCGAGUGUUUGUUUCUCACUCCGUGUAUUCCUCACGGCGCGCAGGCUGCGCCCCCCGACGGAAAAAGGAGAAGAUAUCGUUCCACAUCGGCGCAAAACCGAUCACCCGUUCGCGCACAAAACUUCCUCUUUCGAGUCGACGGUUCGUGUCCUCGCUCUCCCCCCACUCAUCUGUUGCCCAAAGCACUGCUCAUUCCUCUAGUCCAACAAUACCUAUCUAUACUCCCAACGUCUUGAUCCUAUACCUUCUUUCCGUAUUCGUUUAUUCCCGCUUCGAUCCGUCAUUGAUCCAAAGACCACGACUCUUUUUUUCUCCUCGAGAAGGUAUCUUUUUCGUGGUCUCACCUCCCACGGAGUUGUGUCACUCACCUCUACGCUCGUGCAACGGCAUUUCGCAUUACCAACCCAACCAACCGUAACGACUCUUCCACCACACUCUCAUGAACGCGUAUUCAACACUACAAGUCUCUUCGUUGCAGACUUGGAACGUACCGCAACUGAAUCAGAGUGACGGUUGUGGACCCACAACCAUACGAUAUCCGAACCCCGUUCCGAGUCCACACUCAUCCACAGCUGUCGCAUCGGUCACCAUUCCAGCAUCGGAUGCGGCUCCUUACGCCAUUUCUCCCGAAACCUCACCGAGAGACUUGACUCUGAGACACAACGAAAUUCCCAACCUUGAUGACAUCCCGGACAUUGCCAAGGAAGCCUUGCGGAUCACCAAGGAGAGUUUGGGAUCAGAAUGUCAGUUGCUCCAUCAAGAUACCACCAAUACCAGAAAAUUACCAACGAUUGCCACAGGUAGUCGGCUCAAUAAAUUUGUGCGCCGCCUGCACGAUAUGCUCAAGCAAGAACAAGCUUCGGGUGUCGUCGAGUGGCGCAAAGGGCUUCUCGUUUUACACUCGACCAACUCCUUUGCCAAACAAAUUCUUCCCCAGUACUUCAACACGCGAAACUUCAAGACCUUUAGACGUCAAUUAAACUACUACGGUUUUGUACACGUUCGCUCCUUUACUACUGCCGGAUCGGCCACGACUGCGCUCUGGGUCAACCAACACUUGGCCGAAAAUGGAUCGGACGACAUUUCCUCCGUUUUGCGGCUGAAACGCGUCGAGCCGUGUGAUGCGGCCAAAACAGCCGAAAGCCGGAGGGAACGCAAAGAACUGGCGAUUCAUACCGUCGAAGAAGAUCUCGGAGUCAGCGCCCGCACCCUACAAGUGGAACAAAUUCGGUCCAUGGCCCUCCGCGGUAGCCGAGAACAAGUACAAGCCGAAAUUCUGCGCGGACUCGAAAGAACACCGGCUAUCAUUGUCAACGCUGCCACUACUGAGUCGGCGCUGAAAGUGGUUAAGCAAGUCACGAAAUCCGUCAAGCCACCCGUGCCGCGUGAAAUUCACUGCACGUCCAUGGCCGUCGGUGGCGACCUCCAACAAAGCAGAGACUCCUCCUCCAAUCAGGGCUCGACGGAAAGCAUAAGUAGCUACGGAUCCGGCGUAAAUCACGACGAUCCGACGCAAAUCUCUUUAGACGAGGACAGCGGAGCAGCAAAUCUUUUGCUCUUCCUUUCCAAAUCGUCGUAGAAGAUUAGAAAGCGAGUACUGACUAUGAAAAUCCCACUGGAUUCCUGCUGUUUUCAGCUACGGGGUAUACACCUAUUCCAAAUCUCAUACUCGAAUACUGUCGGCUUGGUCAACAUUUCCCGUCUAUUGUCCCAAUAUACGACACUUUCACCUUCGCUAAGUUUACCCGUAACUCCUCUUCUUUUGUGAUCCAAGUUCCUAUGCGCAACGCGGAAUACGUUCUCACACAUCGACCUCACCUUUCCGUGCAAGGAACGUCAUCGCAAGACUCCCAAUGGACUUUCUCGUAGCGGUUCUUCAUAAUUUGUUU